AUGGCCUCUGUACCCUUACUCAUAAUAUACGCCACUGUGACGGGGAACGCAGAGGAUGUCGCCGAGCGUGUCGCCCGGGAGGCCCUGCGCCGCCACUACACCCCCACCGUCAUGUCGGCGCACGCCUUCCUCAGGGCCCUGGACACCCUCCCCUCCUGGCGCGCUGUCGUGUGGGUGGCCUCCACCACCGGCCAGGGUGAGGCCCCGCCCACGCUGCGCGCUCUGUGGCGGGCCCUGCUCCGCCGCUCCCUUCCCCCCAACCUGCUAGCCGGGCAGGCCGCCGCCGUGUUCGGGCUGGGUGACAGCGGGUACACGCAUUACAACGUGGUGGCCAAAAAACUGUACCGCCGGCUGGAGGGCCUGGGCGCGCUCAUGCUGGGACCGGCGGGCCUUGGGGACGACCGUGCCGCGGGCGGGCACGAGGCCGCGCUGGCCCCCUGGCUCACAGACCUCUGGCACCGGCUGCGGGCCCAGGUGCCCCUGACCCCCGGCCUCACAGAGGCCGCGCCAGAGGACCGCUACACGCGCCCGACGUGCAAGUGGACGGUGGAAGCAGCCGAGGCCGGCAGCUGCCACGCAGCUGCGCAGUCGGCCGCCCUGGCCGCGCACGUCGCGAUCGCGGAGAUGGAGGACGAGGCGGCGCUGGCUUCCGUGCCCGGCGCAGGGGAGAUGUGGGGAGUUGGGCAGGGUGCCACCCCUCCCCACGCCCACGACUCUCCUGCCCGGCCGCUGACUGCCCGUGUGGCGGCCACCAGGCGGCUGACCGCGCCAGACCACUGGCAGGAUGUGCGCCACUUGGAGUUGGAGGUUCCGGGCGCGGAGUACGAGCCGGGCGACGUGCUGAGCGUGCUGCCGCGCCAGGACCCGGCAGCGGUCGUGGCCUUCAUCGAGCGCUGCGGCGCCGGCCUUGCGCCUGGCACGGCGGUGGAGGUGCGGCGCCUGGCGCCGGGGCCGGAAACCGCCGGGCCCACGCCGCGCCACCUGCGCCUCGGCGACCUCGUGGCCGGCACGCUCGACGUCGCCGCCGCGUCGCCGCGCCGCACAUUCUUCGAGGUCCUGCGCGACGCGGCGGGGUCGGGGCUCGAGCGGGAGCGCCUGGAGUACCUCUGCUCCGCGGAGGGGCUGGAAGACCUGGCCACCUACAACCAGCUGGAAGGCGAGCGCGGGCGCACGGUGCUGGAGGUGCUCCAGGACUUCCCCUCCGCCCGGCCGGACCUGGGCUGGCUGCUCACCGCCGUGCCGCGCCUGGCGCCCCGCGCCUUCUCCAUCGCUUCCUCCCCCCUGGCGCACCCGGGCGCGGCGCACCUGACCCUGGCGGUGGUCGGCUGGGUGACGCCCUUCAAGCGCCGGCGGCGCGGUCUCUGCAGCGCCUGGCUGGCCGGGCUGCGGCCGGGGGACGAGCUGCCGGCCUGGACGCAGCGCGGCGCGCUGCGCCUGCCCCCAGACCCGGCCACCCCCCUGGUCCUCGUCGGGCCGGGCACGGGGGUCGCGCCCAUGCGCGCUUUCUUGCAGCACCGCGAGGCCCAGAGGCGGCACGGCGUCCCCGGAGUGGCGCCCAGCCUGCUCUUCUUCGGCUGCCGCAACGUGGACAAGGACUGCCUGUAUGCCGAGGAGUGGGGCCGGCUGCGGGUCGGUAACAUCCUGUCCCUCUACUCCCUUGCGGCGUCCCGCGACCAAGACCACAAAAUCUACGUCCAGGACCGCAUCAGGGAGGCGGCCGCCGCCGUGUGGGAGGCCCUGGACAGAGGUGCGUCGGUGCAUGUCGCGGGAUCCGCAGACAAGAUGCCGGCAGACGUCGCGUCAGCCCUGGAAGACGUGCUGGUGGAGCGGGGGGGCCUGCCUCCUGAAGAGGCCUCCAGGGUGCUGCAGAGGUGGCAGGCCACGGGCCGAUACCAGGUGGAAGCCUGGAGCUGA